CUUUCACCAACCUCGCUUUAGCUUCAGUCUUGACGUCGCUGCUCCCGAUCUUGCAAGCAUGGACUCCAUCAACCUGAACGCUUUCGCUGAAAAUGCAUCUAGACUUGGCCUACGCAUACAGGAAUCUAUCUCAGAGCACACCCGAGACUUGAACAUCACUCGCGGUGCUGGAAACAUCUUCGAUAUGGCAGACGACAAAGUCAAGAAUAUUGGCAAGCAACUUGACUCUAGCAGUGACCGCGAGAAAUUAGAUGCGAUGAAGAGGCUGAUCGCCUUGAUUUCCAAAGGUCGUAAUGUAUCCAACUAUUUUCCACAAGUAGUCAAGAAUGUCGCAUCUCAGAACCUUGAGAUACGGAAGCUCGUUUACAUCUAUCUUCUACGCUAUGCAGAGCAAGAGCCCGAUCUUGCACUCUUGUCCAUUAACACGUUUCAGAAGGAUCUUGCCGACCCCAGUCCACUCAUACGUGCCAUGGCACUUCGUGUUCUCAGCGGGAUCAAGGUCCCGAUGAUUACUAGCGUUGUAGUCCUUGCAAUCAAGAAAUGCGCAGCGGAUACUAGCCCUUACGUGCGCAAAGCUUCUGCUCUGGCGAUCCCAAAAUGCUAUGAGUUAGACUCUAGUCAGCAGCCAACGCUCAUUACCGUCAUCCAAAGCUUGCUCUGUGAUAGGUCCCCUCUUUCGAUAGGAAGCGCUGUCACUGCCUUUGAAGCCGUAUGCCCAACAAGAUUGGACCUACUUCACCUGCAGUAUCGCAGGCUUUGCCGGAUACUCGUGGAUGUUGACGAGUGGGGACAAGUUGACCUCUCGAAUCUACUCAUGCGGUAUGCACGAACUAUGCUCCCCAAACCCAUCGUCUCGCAAGACCAAGACUCCAAUGAGGAGGUCGAUCCCGAUUUGCAACUUUUGCUUUCUUCAGCGGAGCCCCUGUUACAGUCUCGGAAUCCUGCUGUCGUCCUAGCAGUGACACGAGUGAUUUACUACUGUGGUCCUCCAUCGUAUGGGGCCAAAAUUGUCAAACCUUUGUUACGAUUGCUAGGCAUGUCGAAAGCAAUAGAACGCGUCACCCUGGUUUACAUUCACAAGAUAGUUCGUUUCUAUCCUAUUCUGUUCAGCUCGCAUUACAUGCGGUUUUUCUUACGUUCAGAGGACGCUCGUGAAGUUAAGAAAAGCAAAAUACAACUACUCAUGGGCAUAACGACUCUCGAUAACUAUCAAGCUAUACUGCGCGAGCUAAUAGAUGCUGCUGAAGACGUUGAUGAUGAAGUAGUCGGAUCAGCCAUUCACGCCAUCGGAUUUUGUGUUCAACUGCUUCCCAGCACAACACCACAAUGCCUUUCUGCCUUGACUUCGUUGAUAAAGACUAAGCAUGACAUCGUAGUUAGUAAAGCAGUCGUCGUGCUAAAGUCACUGGUGCAAAAUCAGCUCUCGUCAUCAGCUACGAAUACCGAAGUGCUUCAGUCUCCUAUCUCAAUAGUCUCGCAACUCGCAAAGAGAGUCGACGAUAUACGUCAUUUCGAGGCCAAGGCAUGUGUUAUCUGGCUGGUAGGCCAAUACUGUGCCACUCAAGGCGGCAGCGGAGUGGUUGAAGGUGUAGCGGACUGGGCCCCAGACGUGUUACGCAAGUCCGCUAAAACAUUCGCCAGCGAGAAUGUUACGGUGAAGCUGCAAGUAUUGUCGCUUGCAGCCAAACUCGUGGCGCUUUCUCCUGCACACAAGACUAUAGGACAGAUCAGCCAAUAUGUGUUUGAUCUCGGAAGAUACGAUAUGAACUACGAUGUUCGAGAUCGUAGACGUAUGCUGGUUGCCCUCCUGUCGGGAAUAUCAGAAUAUGUCACGGAUGAGGAUAGUGACGCUACAAGUCAGGGUGGCAUUGUUUUGCGGAGAGAGCAGGUGAUACGAGUUCUGAUAGAUGGCAAGGCAGGCGUGCUCGAGAUUGAACGACCAGACGUCGGUCAGCACUUGAUCGGAUCACUAAGCCUGGUUACCGGAAAGGACAUGCAGGGCGACGAAAUCCUACCAGAAUGGCUUGAGUCAGGAAUUGAUCCGUCACUACGUCAAGUGGAAGAAGAAACGACCAUUAAGGUCGAAGCUCCGCGAGCUAUUUCCUCUCAUCGUCCUUCAAACUCUGCACCUACGCCUGUCGUUCUCACCGAAGCCUCAGCUCACCCUCAAGAGAAGAAAGACUGGCGAAACUUGGAUGACUUUUACGCAGAGAACGAAGAGGAGGGUGGCCAAGAACAGUCGGAAGAAGAGGAGAGUGACGAGGAGGACGAGGAGGAGUCCGGUGACAGCGAGGAUGAGGAUGAGGAACUUGGCACUGAAGAUUCAGAAGAAACUGAGGACGGCGAAAGCGAAGACCACUUAGAGCAUGAUAGUUCCAAUCACGUCAAUCAUACAGUAGAGUCUAUUUAACAUGUAUGCAAAGCUAACAACGAUAACAAUUUAC